UUGGAGGAUUUACAGUCAGUUGGAUCUGGACUGGCCAAGGGAUCACAAUUUCAUUAUCAUCAUGCCUCAAUUAGUCAAUACCUUCAUGAUUGAUUAUCAAUUGGACUAUGAGCCAAGUGAAGACCAACUCACUAAAAGUGUCAUUGAACCUUUCGAGAGGCUUUCCGGGGCGAAAUUCGAACUUUUAUUCAAGAAUGAGGUCCAAGGCAGAAUCACCCUGAGUUUUCAAUCAGAUAAUUCAAACGGAAAGGACAUCUUCAUUCUCAUCCGAAGAUAUGAUAAGGCUGGCGCUAGCGAGAAAACGCUUGUGAGCAUCACAGCUGAAGCCCCUGACUAUUUUGACGACAUCAUUGAUAAAACCCCUGGAAUGGACUUGGAAGACACCAUCAAGGAUGCCUUGGACAAAAACUUUCCAGACUCAGAACCAACUCAUUACCCUGCCAUCAAACGUUGUAUCCCGGAUUCUCCAUACCUUCGAACAUGUGACGAUAGGCUGGUGGAAUAUGGAUUUACGAAAGUUUUAUACAGCGCCCGAUCUGAGUAUCAAAAGAUCCAAAUUGUGGACACCGUGGAUUUUGGACGGCUCCUCAUUUUGGAUGAUAUGACUAAUUUGGCGGAAACUGACACUCUACCCUACACGCACACUCUGAUGAAUCUUCCCAAAGAGAAUUAUGAGGGCAAAGAGGUUUUAAUCCUGGGAGGAGGGGACGGUGCUCUCAUGAACGAGCUCCAGAAGUUGGACAAGCCACCGAAGUUUGUGACAAUGAUUGACAUUGAUGAAAUGGUCAUGGAGGCGUGUAACGAGUUCAUGCCCACCGUUUGUGGCCCAUACCUUCGGAAGGACAACCGCGAAGGUCCAACACAUAAGAUCAUUGUGGGCGAUGCUGUGGCAUUCCUGGAAAACUGCUUG